AUGGCCGCGCAAGAAGUCGUCCUGAUUCUCACGCCCUGGACCCCUCCGGCGGAGUGGGUCUCCGACCUGAUAAGAAUCAUUCCCAACGUCCGCGUCGUGAGCCAUGAGAUCAGUAGAACCGACACAGAGCUACCGGCAGAGAUCUCCGCAGAGGCCUGGAAGGAGGUCACCGUGCUCUUCACCUGGAGACUCUUCCCGUCCCGAGAGCUCGCCCCGAACCUGCAAUACGUCCAGCUGCUCAGUGCGGGGUGCAACCACGUUAUCGGUCUGCCGCUGUUCGAAGACACUGAUAUCGCCUUCUGCACAGCCAACGGCGUGCACCCACCUCAAAUGACAGAAUGGAUCUUCAUGACCUUCCUCGCCUUCCAGCACCACCUCCCGGAACAUCUCGACAACCAGAAGCUCGGCAAAUGGGUCGAUCCUCCAUCCGACGAAGACGCCGAAGACGCAGUCGGUCUCCGAGUCGGAAUCAUGGGCUACGGCAACAUCGGCCGACAAUGCGCGCGCGUGGCCAAAGCCUUCGGAAUGGACGUGUACGCCUACACGAUGCGGGAACGCGCCACGACCGAGUCCCGCAAAGCGGAUUCCUUCUCCGAGCCUGGCCUGGGCGACGAAGACGGCCAGUUCCCCUCGAAAUGGUUCUGGGGACAGCACCAACUCAACGAGUUCCUGGGCUCGGACCUUGACCUCCUCAUCAUCACCCUCCCCCUCACAAAGGAAACCCGCGGCAUCAUCGCCCGCGACCAGUUCAAGCUGCUGGGCAAGAAGAAGACCUACGUCAGCAACGUUGCCCGCGGGGCCGUGAUCAACACGGAUGAUCUGAUGGCUGCCCUGGAUGAGGGCUUGAUCCGCGGUGCCGCGCUAGAUGUCACGGACCCCGAGCCGCUGCCUGAGGGCCAUAAGCUCUGGGGGUACAAGAAUGUUAUCGUCACGCCGCAUUGCAGUGGGAAUUCGACGCAUUAUAAUGAGCGUGCGUUGAAGAUUUUGGCUACGAAUCUGGAGAGGCGUGCGCUGGGGAGGGAGUAUAUCAAUCGGGUCAAUAAAUCUUUGGGGUAUUGA